UGUUAUAGAAGAGGGAAGGGAGGAAAGGAAGCCAUGGAAGAAGAGGAAGAUUUGGACGAGGUCGAUUCCACCACCGAGAUCGAAAUUGUGCUAGAAAAUCUCGGGGAAGGGGGUCUUGUAGGCGUGGUAGCCGUGGUUGGUGGCGGCAGAAGCGAAUCACCCAUGGAAGAGGGGACGCGAAGGUGGCACGCCGUGUUUGGUGGAGGCUCGGAUUUGGGUGUUUUGGGUAGCAUCUGGACAAAGAUGAUGUUUAUUGGGCGGAUCUGGCUGGUUUGGUGGUGUCGGAGGUGGGUGUUCGCCGAGGAGGUUCCGAUCUGGCUGAUGGUGGAGGUGUGGGAGGUGCGGGAGAAAGAGAAAGAAAAAAGAAAAAAAUUAAUAUGGAACUUCACAUGUCCAAUUUUCUAGUGGACAGACAUGAAACAUCGGAUUCAUCCACUCCAAUCCUAGCUCUAAACAAAAAAUUAUAACAUUAUAAUCUUGUGAGAAAGAA